AUGUCUGUGGCCCGCUCAACUGGGUCUCCGACUCUACGCCGCACUCCGGGGUCCAAGACAAGUCAGAUGGACGAAAACACCAAGGUCGGCAAGGAGGAUUUCUCCAUUGCCGCUGUAGGUGACCAACUAAAAUCCCUCCUUAUUUUUGAACCGAAUGGCCAAUCCUCGCAGAAGAGACCCCACGGGGUUCUCUCAGCCUCAUCGCUAGUCAAUCAAAGCUGUCCUAAUAGUGCUCAGCCAAACCUCGAAACAUUUGGUACUUCUGAGAUCCUGGAAUCGAGUCUCACCAAUUCUAGUCCACCUAGGCUGGCUCGACAAUUAUCCGGCAUUCCUCCUAUUGGCAGCGGUCUCAACUACUCGGUAGACGCUAAUGAUGGACUCAAGCUUGAACACACUGCAACCAGCAGCUCAGUGCCGAUAACCCCUGCCACCGACAUGUUCGGCAAUGCCUGCCCCAUCACUCGACCAGCAAGCGCUACGAUGAAUGAAUCUGCUACCAGUGAUGAAGAGGUGCUGCGACUCAAGUUUGAGCUUGCUCAAGCCCAAAGCAAGAUAUCUCGUCUUGAUCAGGAACUUGCUUCGACUCGCCACGGCCACGUAGGCUUGAGUCAGCCAACCAGUGUCUCCCCGGUCGAGAAUGGAUUCUCUAAUGGGCAUCAACAGGCACCUCCUGUGUCACGCCCUCCAAGUCUCCAUCCUGCCAACACCAAUACUCAUUACAUGGGUAGAGAGGGCGGUCGCCCUUGGCCUGGCUACGACGACAGCCGAUCUGAUACCAGUGAUGCUUUGUCCGCGACGGGCUUCAAUAGUUCACGCAACAUAUGGGGCAGCCUUAAACAAACACCAAGUGCCGUUGGCCUAAGUGGCCCCCCUCCUCUUGGGAUGCCGCAGAAUGGACCAUGGUCUGGACGAGCUGCAAGUCACAGCUAUGUCGAGCCUAGCAUGUCUUACGACCCUGCUACCGCCGACAAUUUCAGGGCAGAGCGACUUACCCCAGAUUUUGACUUCACCACUAAACCACCGGGUAGUAGACGAAAUAAUCGUUACGAUGCUCGAUUUGGCGGUCAAGGCUUCAACGGCACUAGCCAAAGCUAUAACACCCAGCCUGGCUAUUGUGCAUACCCUUAUCCUCAAGGACAGUAUGACCCUGGUGUAAUCACAUCUGGUGGCUCACAAAACAAUAUGAAUACUGGAGUAUAUGCUAACUAUCAGUCACCGCCUGUCGGUACCUCCCUGUCCCCACUGGCUAGCGAGUUCACUUCCAUGUCAGGUAGUGCUGGGCCGUGGAAGUCCGAGCCCACUUCGACCGAAGGACAAACGUACUUGCCUACCACGGAGCCGCUAAACUACCGUCGACUGCUAGAUCGCAACGUCAAUUGCAAUUGGAAGUAUAUUGUCGACAAGAUCGUAUGCAGCAACGACCAGCAAGCUUCUAUCUUCCUUCAACAGAAACUCAAAGUUGGAACUCCAGAUCAGAAGUACGAGAUUGUCGAGGCUAUUGUUGCUCAAGCUUAUCCUUUGAUGGUCAACCGAUUUGGAAACUUCUUGGUCCAGCGAUGCUUUGAGCACGGGACUCCGGAGCAAGUAAUCAAGAUCGCAGAAGCCAUCAGAGGAUGUACCCUCACCUUAUCUAUGGACCCGUUCGGUUGCCAUGUGGUCCAAAAGGCUUUUGAUUCUGUUCCAGAAGACUACAAAGCCAUUAUGGUUCAUGAGCUUCUUCGCCGUAUUCCAGAAACCGUUAUUCAUCGUUACGCUUGUCAUGUUUGGCAGAAGCUCUUUGAGCUCCGAUGGACUGAGUCCCCACCUCAGAUCAUGAAAUAUGUAAACGAAGCACUCCGUGGAAUGUGGCACGAGGUCGCUCUAGGCGAGACGGGGAGUCUUGUGGUCCAAAAUAUUUUUGAGAAUUGUCUCGAGGAAGACAAGAGACCUUGCAUUGAGGAAGUGCUCAGCAAUAUUGAUAUCGUCGCUCAUGGACAGUUCGGCAACUGGUGUAUUCAGCAUAUUUGUGAGCAUGGAGCGCCGGCUGACCGCAGCAGGGCAAUUGAUCAUGUAAUUCGCUAUGCUGCUGAAUAUAGCAUGGACCAGUACGCCUCCAAGGUAGUUGAGAAGUGCUUGAAGAUUGGAGGAGCAGAAUUCCUGACGCGCUACCUUGACCGAGUGUGUGAAGGUCGGAUCGACCGCCCUCGCAUUCCUUUAAUCGAUAUCGCAAGCGACCAAUAUGGUAACUAUCUGAUCCAGUGGAUUUUGCAACACGCCAACCCGCAACACAAGGAAAUUGUGGCUGCUCACAUCCGCAAGCACAUGGUGUCUCUUCGCGGAUCUAAAUUUGGCAGUCGAGUCGGUAUGCUAUGCACAAACCCCGCCAUUGCCACACGGCCUGGUCCUGGCGUUGGACCUGGUGUUGGCCGUAUGCCCGCGGGGCCUCGCUAUGGCGGCCGUGGAUUCCAAUAA